UUAAAUAUGUCAAAAUUAGACGAUUUGUUUGAUAAAAAGAAAGAUGAAGCUCCUAUGUUAGACCUGUCUAAAGUAGUAAUAAACACCGCGGAAGAGUAUAGAGCUGUUUUGGACAAAGUGCCGGAUUUUAAAACACGCCCAGAAAAGGUGAGAAGUGAUGACAUAAAAAUAAAAGAUAGAAAAGAGGACCAUAAAACUAAAACAUCGAAAAAAGAAAUUCGUGCAUAUGAAAAGUUGGGGACUCGUGGUUACGAAGAAAAACAGUUUACGUUUAUGGAUCCUAUACCAGUGGAAAUGCAAGGAUUGAAGUUCGAUGAAUUGUGUGCUGUGCCGAUAGAAUGGAGGAUGCUUACUUCUAUUCGCCCUAAAUCAAAAUUAGAUGAAGAAUAUUUUAACAGGUUGAUAGAACUAGGCAAGUCAGAGUUAAGGACCAAAGCCAAAGAAAAAAGGGAAAACGUAAAAAAUAAUAUGGUUAGAAGAAUUAAAAAUCGUUCAGGAGUUACAGAGACUCGUAUUGUGUCGUGUGCAGAGUGUGGAGAGGAAUAUUGCAACGGUAAAAUGUGCACAAUAACAAAUUACGACAUGUUCGCACGUAUAAAAGUGGAAGUCGAACAGAAGCCGCGUCGAGCGCAAGCCGCCCCGGUGCAAGCUAACAAACUCCGUCGAAUGCGCCGCCGCCCCCGCCGCAAGCCCCGUAGCAAGAGCGCUGCGCCAUCUUACCAAAAACCAGCUGCUGGCAAACAUGGCGCCAAAAGUGAUUCGGAGCUUUAGAUUAUCUGUAUCAUUCCAAAAGGCAAUAAUCUCAUUAGAGCUUUAGGCUGGUUGCAGAG